UUGAAAUAUAUCAACAAAAACAACAGCCUGGCACGAAGGAUGUCCUAAGUCGUAAAAUAACUACAGAUGUGAGAUUUACUAAGUGUACGAAUGAUUCAAAAAAAAACUUUUUCAAUGUCUAAAAUGUUUCUACAGUAGGACUAGAAUUACAUGGGAAUACAGUAGGAUUUUCUAUGUACCACAAGUUUCACGCCUGUCGUCGCAUUGGAGCAACUCGGACUACCUUUAUUUUAUUGUAAAUAAAAAUACCUAAAACAUGGGUAUUUUAUCUGUGAUAGCAACAUUAUUGUGCUUGGCUGGUAUUGGAUUCGGAGUAGUUGCUUUGGCCACAACUUCUUGGAUUAAUCCAGGUGUCGGUCUUUUUCAGACAUGUGUCACCUUUAUAACGCAACGUUGUGACAUCACAAUAGGAGACGAUAUCAUUGUUAUGGUCGUUGCCUGCUUGAUAUGUAUAGGAUUAUUCUUGAGUAUCCCGGCCGUUCUCCUGCUGUUUGUUGAUAUUCUAAGGACAAAUAAAAGAAAAGUAUUGGCAGCUGGAGCGCUUUUGGUAAUCGCAGGAAUACUCAUAGCUGCUGGAUCAACCACCUACACCGUACUACGGAAACCAAAUAAUUUUGCUGCAGCCCUAGGACUGGAAGAUUUUGGAUACAGCUAUUAUAUGUCUUGGGGCAGUUGUGGCUCCAUAUUUCUAGCUGGGAUUUUUGCAUUUGCUGCAAGUGCUGCUGCAAAAUGAGAUAUAUUACUAUUUUAAUAUGAAACGAUGAUUGAUUGUUACGAGUCGUCGCCAUUGGCCUAAAUGAAUUUCUUUCUGCAGUUGAUCAAUGUAAAUAUAUAUAUAUAUACCAGAUUAAUUCACCUAAGUAUUGACAUUUGGGCAUUUCUGCCAUGAUAUUUAUGAAAUUCAGUUUGAAAGUUCAAUGGAGUUAUUGGGCACAUUUGUUUGGGGCAAAAUUAAAACGCCAUCGGCAAGCACAAUUUCAUAAAAAUGUUUGUGUUCGCUCCCCUUAGCAUUCGAUACGCAGUAUACAAGCUCGCUGGACCUAACUAAACGUCGUUAAGUUUAAGUAGUUUGGUAACUCGUGUGAUCAAAGUGUUCUUUGAUAGUAAAGGGCUAAUUCUCUCACGGAGUGUGGGCCUCCAAUUAUACCUUUUUAUUUUGAAUUUUACUAAUUUAUUGCACUGUACCGUGUUUUUCUCUCUCUUUCUCUUUGAAAUAUACGAAUGUAUUGCAACAUUACA